AUGUCAGCUCCUUGUAGUCUCCUCCAAUACAGUGUAGACCCAUGGAACGCCAGGUUUGAGGACAUCGAGAGCCGCCUUGCCUUCACUGUGACAAUGGUGGAGGAAGACCCCAACCUCAUUAUGCGACUCACACGAGAGAAACCAUGGGCAGAACAAAACGCCGAUAAAAUCAUGGGCCCCAGCAACUCUUACUUCUACUUUGGCCCCUCGCGCACUCCGGGAUAUCUCGUCUACGGCAACAGCCCACAGCAGUCCAUGGUAGACGCGUGGCGCCAGAAGAAGGAGAAUAGCACCUCGCGGUAUUUCACUGCCCAGAACGGGAAAGAGUAUAAGUGGAGAGGACGGGACGCCCCACGACGCUUCGAGUGCUGUGACAGUAAGGGGCUCACGGUGGCGCUGUGGGAGAUCAGUCAACUCGAAGACGAAUUCCAUGCCAGGUUGACCGUCCAACACUCGGCACUCGCCAUUAUCACGGAACUCGUGACAACGUUGACCCUCAACCGCAUUGCAUUGAUUUUGAAUUGGUGA